AUGUCCGGUCAGAAGCCCCUGCACUUCUUACGGCAAACUACAUGGUGGCGAGAGGUGGAGAGCUUCUUAGAAUCAGGGAAGGACUCCAAAGCUCUUCCUAAGACGGUCAACUCGGCGGAGAGGGACGUGAUACGUCAAAUAUGUAAACACUUCGACUGUAGUUUCAAGGUGAAGGGUACAGGCAUCCAGCGACAGAUGUAUCUCAUCAAGCCAGAUUUCAGCUACUUCGAUCGAGUUGAAGCGGAUCAGGCUGCUUCCCAGGCUUUGGCUUUGCACAGCCGUGGAACUGAUGAGCAGAAUGAUGCUGAAGCACAUCGGAAAGCUAUUGCAACCUUGAGUGCUACCAUUAAUCGGUUGAAGGACAUGUUUGUCGAUCGAUCUUUCCGCUUCGGACAAACCCAGAUUACUAUGGCUCGGGACGAAAGGAAACUGGAAAUCGCCACUCGAGAGGCAGAUAUACUACGGAAGCUGGUGGCAGCCUAUGAGGGAAUAGUUCAUAGCGUGUCUGAAAGGUUCGCGGGAGCGGUCAAAGAGAUCGAUACGGACCACAUCAAUGCUCUGCAAAACGAAAUGUUUUGUACUGAUUGCACAAAGAGAGUUUACGAUGACGGCAAGUGUGUGAUAUGUCGCUUGAAGACCGUAGAGCGCGCCAAGACUAUGGAGCCUUCAUCGAAGGCUGAUAUUACUCUGGAGGUAUUGGACCUUACGAAAGAUCAAGGCGUGGGAUCCAGCCCUAAACCGAAGAAGGUCUCAUCGAAAGCAUCUCGGCAUAGCGAUAGCGAAGCUUCAAGGGAACGGAAACGGCCGAGGCAGGCGAAAGACUUGAAGUCACUUUCCCUCCUACUUCAGCGGGACAACUCGGGUGGUUGUGGGAAGGGCUCGAACGACAGAGAGGAGAAAGCGGAUGCGAGCACUAACUCUCCUCUGACUUGA